AUGUAUGAAUCUGUAGAUCGUCAAUGUAGAUCUAUGUUGUCGGCCGCUCAACUCAAUACUGUCGAUGCUCAAGGUCAUGACUCAAAGUUGUUGAGCCCUCACGCUACUCUUUAUGCUCCCUUAAUACACGAAACUUCAGUCUCUUGCUUCUUUAGAACAUCCUUUCACCACAAGCGUAAAGUGUAUAUACUUUUAUUGUAA